UUCAUGGCAUGUCAUAUAUAUUUGGGAAGGCAAGUUCAUCUAAACAGAGAAUUUCCUAUUUAAAAUUCCCAGUUUUAUUCAAAUAUAUAUUCUCCCGACCCUCCUCCGCGCCAUUCUGUCCAAGAAGAAAGCAUGUCCGUCCCAGUCUGCUGCAAGUGUAAUGAGGUGAUUAGACCGCGGGCCAUAUGCAGCAUGGGCAAGGCCUACCACCCACACCAUUUCACGUGCCGGGACUGCCAGAAGGUGAUGGAGCCGAGCCGGUUCUAUGCGGUCAAGGACGAUGUAGUUUGCAGCGAAUGCUACCUGGGGAACCACGCCUCCAGGUGCUGCGCCUGCAACGCACCGAUCGUGGGCCGCGCCGUCAUGUCCAUGGGACGCAAAUGGCACGAUGAGUGCUUUCACUGCAUCAGUUGCAGUCAACCACUGAUGUCAUCGACCUUUUACGAGAUAAACGGCUACCUCUUCUGCAAGCUUCACUUCCAGGAGCUGUUCUCCUCGCGAUGCUCCGGCUGUGGGGAGCCAAUCGUGAAAGAAGCUGUGGUGGCACUGAACACCAAGUGGCAUGCGGCAUGCUUCCGAUGCCAAAACUGCCAGGAAAUCAUUAGCAGCUGCGAAUUCGGUAUUAAUGAAAGCGGACGUCCCCUUUGCCUGGAUUGCUCCCCAACGGCAUCUGAAGGUCGUUUAUCCCACAAAACAGUUGGAUAGUAAAGUUUGUUAAAUUAUGUAAAUUGUUGGCUACAGAAAUUUUCUUUUUACGAAACAAAAUUGAAUUGGAAACGUUAA